AUGCUUUCGUGUGAAGUUACUUCAAAUCCCACGGCAAAUAUACAAUGGUACUUCAACAAACACAGUAGAAUUGCCGCCUUCAGCUGCGAUCUAUUGAACAAUGAUGAAAAGAAGUACUGCGCACAUGAAUAUCAUCCGGACGAACGUGACGUCCUGGCCCCUGUUAUAUCCAAGUUGACAAUUUUUCGAAUCUCACCGGAUGACUUCGGGGAUUACGUUUGCUCCGCUAGUAGCAUCAUGGGAGAGCGGAAUGGAACUACUUCGUUAAGAAGAUUAAAGGACCCCUUUCAAGUUCUACCUAACAUUCACUAUGCAAAACAACUGAUGAUUCCAGAAAUACGCGCCCCCAGAGAUCAAUCAACGCGAUCUCAGCCACCAUUUGGUCAACCAACAGGUCGGAUGCAACCUGUUACUGGCUUCGGAGACAGGCUGGUUCUCAGGAGUCAGGGUUACGCCCGAAGAGUCUCUGGAUGGACCCUUUUGCUAUUAUGCUACGAUAAUUUAUACAUUUUUUACCCGAUGCAAAUCGUAUAA